GUCAAACACACAAACUGCUUCUUUAGGCAGUCUUCUCCACUCAAUAAAUCUAUCUAACCCUGAGGCCGGAGAGACGUCGGUCAGAGGUUGAGUCAGUCUGUGGAUUCCUCUUUUGCAACACACAGCAGGAAAGUCGGUUAUGUCGCAGUCAGACCCGACCAAUUGCACACAGGGAGCAGGAUCUGUGGCUGAUUUCACCGCUGAGUUAAAAGAGAAAGCAGAGAGUUCAGGCAGCACAUUUCAGACUGAGCAUCUGAACACAAGACUGAAAGAAUGAGAGCUGCAGUGUGUGCAACCCUGCUCCUGCUGAGUCUGUGUGGAGGCGAGGCUCUGAAGUGUAACUUCUGUUUCUCAAAGGACAGUGACCUCUGCACUCCAACAAGCACUCAGACCUGCUCGGGGAUAGCCGACGCCUGUGCUGCCGUCAUCUUCCAGGCCCCUCUCAGUCGUUCCUUUCGAUCCUGCAUGAACAUGGCGGUUUGUCAGGGCUACAUCAAAACACCCGGUGUGUUCGCCAACUGCUGCAGCACUGACCUCUGCAACUGAACCUCCACCUCCUCCUCCUCCUCCUCCUCCUCCUCCUCCUCCUCCAGCCGGGGAGCACCUGAUCUCUGCUGUGCAAACAUACCUCUGCUGCCAUGCUAAUACAGUGUGUUUGAGUACUCUGAAUGUGGAGAGGAGGGUGUCUGUAAGCAGCUUUAAUCAUUAGUUUAAGGUCAGGUUUGAAUCAGAGCUGCUCAGAGGCACUAGAGGGCAGUAGAGCGUUGUGCAAAGAUGAGCUGCAGCUUGUGUGUUUUGUAAAGAGCAUUAUUAAAAGACAAAGAAAUGGAGUGACAUUUUGAUACCAGAGUUGUGAUGUCUUUAUACUCCACAUGAUGAAGAGUCGAAUCUUAUCGUCUCACCUGAGCUUUAAUAAUGGAUUAUCCAUCGAGCAGAACGGAUGCAAAUGCGAUGCAUUUCUCAGUCACAGGCAGCGGGAAACAGAGAUAGAUGUUUGCAUGCUUUAUGAGCUGAUGGCUCCGGUGUCAUUUGUGAGCAUAAUUUAAGAUGUGACGGCUUCAGUGCAUUAAUCAGUCUGUAAAGCAGAGCGGGGCGACGGACAGAAUUAACGAAGGGAGAGAGAGAGUUUGUGAGGCAGAAAUGUCAUCAGUGCCAACGCAAGGAGGAACACUGACCAAGUGAUACACAAAAUAAACAACGGCAUGUUUGAGAAACGAGAUAAGGCCACAGGUAUAUGACUUAAAACUCAAUUUAUUAACAAAUCUCUGCAAAGCAAUCCAGAUUAGAUCAACUCCAAAAAUUGUUGUUUGAAGAAAUGUGCUGCAGAAAGACGAAAAGAUUGCGUUAACAGCAAAGUUCAGCGCCUCGUUUUUCUCACCCUCGCCUCUCAGAUAUAUAUUCUGUCCUGCUGAGCGCCCUACAGGCCAGCGUAUGCAACGUUUCUCUUCUGCAGUUGUUUUGUGCAUAUAUAUGCACUUUUGCAUGCCUGCGUACAGCCUAUAUAGCUUGGAAAAUGAUGCAUUAGUCUAUGUAUGGGCUCGUAUGGUGUUUUCUUUGCUUUUGGAGACGGCCUCAAGUGGACACUCAAGGUACUGCAGCUAUUUUUCCCAUCACCAUUCGCUAUAAUUUUCAAUUCUGGAGGUUUUUCUCAGAAACUUGAAGGGGAAACUACGAAGCAAGGCUUAAUCAAUGUAAAGUUGUAUCAGACAUCUGAUUUUGUAAGUGUUCUUAAUCUCCUCAGAAAGGUGGUUUAGUUUGUAGAACUUUAAAUGGAUCAGGGCUCAGAUCCUCCAGCUCUUGUUUCCCCUUUACAUCAUCCUAACAGAUAAAACCUGUGACUGUAUAAAACGUCAAACACAAACUUCCAUUACGACCUUUGCUGGUGAGAAAUCCCACAUUGUGUACUCAGUGAAACCCCGGGGUAACGUGCAACCUCCUCUUUACGAGGUGCAUCCCAUUACGCGGGGUUUCCUUCACUAACAAGUGCCUGCAGCAGAGUGGAAAUACCAUCCAGCUGAAGGACCCCACAACUCAAAACUGGGAUUCCACCAGCACGCAUGUUCUGAGAACAUCGUGACGACAAUAAAGUCUGACGUGAGGACAGGAUGGGAAAACAACAGCUCACUCAGAAGAUGUGAAUCAGUCAGAGAUAGGACUAACGUGAGGAGCCUGAAGUAUCGUAGAGACUUCUGUUUACUACAUCAUUUUGUUCUCUCUUGUUCCUGAGCUGACUCUUUGAAAGAUAAGGUCUUAUGUCAAAGUAGUAAACAUGAGAAGUUAAAUUGCAGUCUUAGUGACAGACAUUAUGAUGAGAAAAACAUAAAAGCAGCAAAGAACAGGAAUAAUUCUUUGCUUUCACUUAGACUUUGCAUUUUCUCACGUUUUAUUAAACCAUCAGUCUUGUUACAGGAGAGUUUGAGGGCCAGGGAUGAGAAAAUAAGGAUGCACUUCAAGAAAAAAUGAGAAACGUUAAGAAUAAAGUUGAAAUUUUGACAUUAUCUCAAAACUGAAUAUAUAAUGCAGAGUAAAAAGUCAAAAUACAGGGCACCAUUGGUUAUGCGCCCCAUGCACAGAGGCUAUGCACCUCACAGCGGUCACUGGUUUGACUCCUGGUCUCGACCCUUUGCUGAAUGUCUUCCCUUGCCCUCUGCUCCCCAUGUUUGAUGUCUCUCUUCAGGUGUUCUAUCCAAUGAAGGCAAAAAAGCCUUCUUUUAACAGUCUACCCAAAGUGUGAAACAAAAGGCCCAGGUUUUGAGAAUACCAGUCUUACUUGUGUCUUACUCCACUUAACUGGUUUUGACGUUUUUAAAAGAGGAUAAUUUUGGCCUCAGCAGACUGGCACACUGAGUGGACACAGAAUGAGACAAUUAGCCUGUCAUAGAGCGUUGUUUUUAUUUGUGAAACAGUGAGUCAAACCCUCAGCGGGGCGCUCCAAGGGAUUUUCUGCUUCCUGUUGUGGGUGGACCACCAGAGCGUCAGACACUCACUUCAUUAACGCUGUGUUUCAGGAAUAACCCCGGCAGAUGGAAAAAACACAAAGAGCUCCUCAGGGAUUUAGUUCAGGGCUUUGUGCGGUUUUCUCCAGCAGGUACUCUGUGGAGGAUCCAUCAUGGGGGUCAAACAUGUGAGGUUCUUAGGCCUCUGGGAAAACCUGAAAAAUGAUUUUUAGAAAGGUGAAAACUCUCAGCUGCAGAAGGCUCAUUAGGCAGAGACACAGAGCUGUAAAACCAGAGAGAAAAGACGUAGUUUGAGUUUGUAAAGGAGAGAAAUCCAGCUUCUCAUUAACCCUGCAGGAUGCUCCGGCAGUGUGAGCGGGGCCCCUUGUGCCAGGCAUGAGAGAACCGACAACCCGAGGAGGAUCUCUUCAGAGUUUCCGACACGUCAUGGUUCCUCCUGUCCUCGGGCGGGGAAAGCAGCGGUGCCCUCUCCUGAUUACGAGCGAUAUGUUUGUGGUUACUUUAACACAGGAGUCCAUAAAAAUGUUGUUGUUUUGCAGCUUCCAGUGAGAAUUACAGCUGGGAUUCCCUGGCACACUGAAAACCACACGUGUCCCCCACUGAACGGGGAAACACUCUCACUCUCAUGGAAAGAAAGUUCCACCUGCGGGGUUUGAAACCUCAGAGAAGAGAAAUGUUUCCUCUGUGUUAAGAGGUGUGAGAGGGUUCGCCCUCAUGCUACAACAUCUGGGGAGACAAAACCACUGGAAAGAUGCUAUAAACAUUAUCCUCAGCUGUCAUCACUCCUGAGGCGCUGUGGUACAGUGGCCCACAAGAGCAAACACUACAAGCAUUAAACAUGUCUCCAUGUGAGGAAAAGUACCACAACUUAAAACAAUGGCAGCUCAAAUACAGCAGAAUGUAUGUAUUUAGAUAUCAGAUAUAUUUAACAGAGAAGAUACCAUCUUAUAUUCUCAGGAAACACUUGAUUAUCUUCAAAUCUGACACAAACAACAACUUGAAUGAAUGAAUGGACUCAUUAUUUAUUCAUCUGUCUGUAGUGAGUCUCAGUUUCACUGUAAACACACAAACUACUCCAACAACAAACACACAGACUCCUGAUUCCUUCAUAUUUGACAUUUUUCCUUUGAUGGUUUUCCUCAUGAUAUUUCUGUUUAUACAUCUCUCACAGUUUGUUCUUGUUCCUGGAUUUUAACUCUAAAUCAAGACCUAUAUACACACCUGCAUCUAAUCUUCCAUUCUGUCAGUCAUUGCUCAAAUAAAUGUUUUUUUUUUUUUUUUUUAUUCCAACAGGAAGUUCUGACUCUACAUCUCAUGAGAACGUUUUGGCACAGGCUGUGUGAUCAUCCAGCUCUGCAGCCUCUCAGCAUCCUGACCCUGACUGUGUCCGCCUCGCUCUCUUAGCUCCUCCCUUGGCUUUAUAGUUCUGCUUCAACUGGACCUCCAUCAGAUCACACACCGCACCAUCCUCUUUGUUUCUCUGCCCCAGAAGAAGAAGAAGAAGAAGAUGCUGUCUACGCGCAGCGGAGUCCUCCACCUGAGCCUGUCCCUGUGGAUUAUUUUGCUCCUCAGCUGCGGAGUCUGCGCGCGGAAGCAGCGCGAUGAAGGUGAUGAUGAAGAGUCCUGGUCGGAGAGUGUGUCCAGAGCCAGGUGUGCGUCCCGGUGCCUCAGUCUGCACAGCGUGGAGGCGCUGUCAGUGUCCACACCACUGCAGAGUAACGGAUCCCUGGGCUGGUGUCAGAACCACAAACUGUGUGCUAAGUGCCUGGAGCCCUGCAAAGAAUCAUGGGAGAUGAAGAGGAAAAGCAACUGCAGAGAUCUGUGCGAGCUGGUGUUUCCCAAGAAGCACUGGGAGUGUGUGACCAGCUGUGAGUUCCUGCAGUCGGUGUUAGCGGUGAAGCAGGGCAGCUGUCCUCCUCCGGAGAGAGCCAGCGGCUUCGCUGCGGCCUGCGUGGAGAGCUGCGACCACGACCGGGACUGCUCCACCGUGAAGAAAUGCUGCUCCAAUGGCUGCGGACACACCUGUCAGACGCCCAAAGACCUCUACAAAGGCGCUCCUCUGAAGCCGAGGAAGGAGCUGAGUUUUGCCGAGCUCCCCUCCGGUCAGCUGGAGGUCCGCUGGUCUUCCCGCUUCAACAUCUCGGCCGAGCCCGUCGUCUACGUCCUGCAGAGGAGGUGGAACUUCGGCAUCCAGCCCAGCGAGGACAGCGCCACGCCCUGGGAGGUGGUUGCACAGACGACAGAGCAAGGAGCGCAGCUCUCUGACAUCCGGCCUGGGCGCUGGUACCAGUUCAGAGUGGCUGCUGUGAACACACACGGGACCAGAGGUUUCACCACGCCGAGCAGACACAUCCACUCCAGCAGAGACCCUUCAAACCCCCCUGCUCCCUCCGAGCUCAGGGUAGCAAACAUGAGCUUCGGUCCAGGUCGGGCAGUGUCGGCUCGGCUGCAGUGGAGCGUGCCCUCUGACCUGGACGUCCCUGUCCAUCACUACAAGGUGAGCUGGAGCUGGACGGCAGCCGGACAGCCGUCUGCAUCAUCCCUGACCAAGAGGAGGAAGACUGUCAGAGAGAGCCAGGUGGAGCUGGACAGCAUGCGGGCGAACAGGAGCUACAGCGUGGAGGUCCAGGCUGUUUCAUUCUGGGGUCAAACUCAAAUCAAAGGCCCCCGAGCCAUCCUGCACUUCAGCACGCAGCGAGCUUCUGGUGCCGUUCCAAGGAACCCGACUGGAGACAUCCUGGACGUGGGGACGCCGUUUUAUCAGGACGGACAGCUCAGAGUGCACGUUUACUGGCAGAGCAGCACAGACCCUUCAGUCGAGUACUACAGAGUCCAGUGGGGGCCGGAGCACUGUGCACACAACCAGACCAGACCCACGGAGAAGACCAACACACGGGAGGGCUUCGUGAGCCUGCAGGGCCUCCUCUUCUCCUGCAAGUACAAAGUCCUCCUGCAGCCACUCAGCAAGAAGGCUCGUCCUCCUGCAGAGAGCACCGUCUUCUUCACGCCGUCUUGUGCCACCAUCCAGGCCAAGAGCCCUAAACCCAUCACCUGUUACGGAGCAAAAGUCCCCUCUCAUAAGGUCCUGGUGAAGCCGACGAACCUGACAGCAGCCUUCGAGGUGCGAGGUGGAAACAUGACGGCCAUCUUCAGCUGGGAUCUAACCCCGCCUCCUUCCUACCAGCAGCUGACGGGUUACCAGGUGACAUGGGCGGAGGUCAUCCAAACAAACCGACCCAACAGCAACAACAACAACAAGCUGCCUCACAGCCUCAUCUCUCAGUCGCAGAUCCUCCCACCGGACGCCAACGUUCUGGUGGUGUCAGACCUCCACGCUGACAGUCUGUACAGGCUGGAGGUGCAGGCCAUCACAGCAGAAGGAGAAGGUCCUGCGGCAUCCAGGACCUUCCAGACGCCUGGAAACCAAAGCAUCCUGAGACACAGACCAAGGCUGAGGAAGCUCCACCAAAACACGCCAAUCAUCGAGAGGCACUGAACCCCCGAAAGCCAAUCAGCAUGCACGACCGGAGAACUCAGGACGACCAGGAAACGGAAGAAACAAUAAGCCUCUACAUGAACUCUGCGUCACAGCUAGCAACCAUUUCAGUCUCUCUGUGCAAUACUCCACCCUGGACCGAGCCGGUGGUGAUGAAGCCAUUAUGUUUUGCAGCUCUGUGUGACCACCCAGGUCAGAUUCAACACCAAUCAAUACUCAAACAACCAUGCUCAUUGAUUUCAGUUAGUACGACCUUCAGAUUAAAUAAAAAUGCUCUGCUGCAUUCCUCUGAAACAGUAGAGACGCUUUAUGCAACUGAUAAAGAAGUUCUUCUUCCCUCUUGACUCCCAGCUGAGAGAUAACUCAGCUCCAGUGUGUGAUAUGUGGGUGUGCAUCAUAUAGCAUGUAGAGAAUCAGUCGUUUAACCCUUAGGGCUGGGUGUAGCACAAUAUAGCUCCAACAUGUGACGCCAAAACCUUACAAAGAAAGGAUGCAAAGGGAGUUUUAAGUGGAACAAUCUUUUUGAAUCGGUAAAAGUCGCAUCAAUUAUUUGAUUAGCGUCCCACUAAGCCUCUAAAUUAGGACGUAGCCCAUGUUUAGAAGCCACAAAUUGGGUGUUCAGUCCAAAGACAAAACUUCCUUUAACAGGCAGAGACCACCUCACCUCACUUUACAAAGAUUUAAGACUCAGAUGUGUUCGCUACCCAGCCCUGACCCCCUCUGCAAACUCCUUUUAGAUGGAACAGCAUGAAAACACCCGGACGUUUAACGUGUCAUCUGUGGUACCUGCACUAUAUUUGUUAAAGUCGUGUAGCUCCUCUGUAAAUUCUGUAUAAAAUGUCUGUAUUUAUUACUUGUGGUAUAUUUGUACAUGUGUUCAGUGUGUGUGCUCAGCCUUUUUAAACCUCUAGAGAUCCUGUACAAAGAUGUUUUAUAACUAAAGAUGAAUUCCUGUC